AUGGAUCAAGUUGUUUUGGUUUGUGGUAACUGGGUUUUAAAGAAAACGAGGUGGGUCUUCAUCGUAGAUCAGUCCAGGAGAUGUAGUUUUAUAGGGAUAGACCGCAAAACGUCCUUUGCUGAUUUGGUUGAAAUCGCAUAUGAAGAUUUCGGGUUGGAUCAACAUCUUUAUGAGCUUCAGUUCAGCUAUAUGUUGUCGUCUGAAGUCCGGCGGAAAUUACCUCUGGAUACACCUCCUGUGUUUGUUGGUAAUUCAAGACAGCUGCAGAGUUUUUUGCAUCAAUUCCAGAACGAAAACGAAACGGUUCGUUUAUGUGUUGAGAUCAAAGAAAAAGUUCAGAAGGGAGUUGUUGAUGAAGACGAAGAUCGAGAUGCAUGUCCUAGUCUAGUCCCUGAAGAACAAGUGCGCCAAGAUCGUCCGCAACAAGGUGUUGAAGUUGGACAAGACGAAGAAAUGCAUGAUGAAGAAGAGGAUUUGUCAACCAGAUUUGAUGGAUGCGAAGAUCCUGAUGGUGCAAGUUCCGAUGACGAAGAGUACGGUAGACGUGAGAAACGUCCAGAUGGUGAAAGUUCAGAUGAGGAGGAGUCGCUAAAUCUACCAUCGAAGAAAAGGGGACCGACUACAAUUCCCGACUUUCAAAGUCUAGAGCUUUCAUCUUUAGACUUAGCCGUUGGCCAGCGUUAUGAAACAAAAGAGGACUUCGAGAUGCGACUCAAAAUUCUUUCCAUUGCUCACAAAUUCGACUACAAUGUAGAUCAUUCGAGUAAGAAAUUGCUAACUGUUAAGUGUUGGGUAGAUGGUUGCAAAUGGAGGGUUCGCGCUUCAACUGUUGGGAGCAGCAAAUGUUUUUGGGUUAAAACUUAUACUCGAGAACACACGUGUUCUGUGACUGUGCGAUCACAACGCACCUGCCAUGCAACCCAUGAGGUUCUAGGCCGUCUAUAUAAGGACUUCGUCGGCGGUGUUGGCCCAAAAGUCUUACCAAAUCACGUCGCCGAAGCUCUGACCAAACGAUAUAGUAUAAAGGUUGACUAUUGGAAAGCACAUCGGGCCCUAAAGUAUGCUCGAGAACUAGUAUCAGGGACGUCUGAAAGUGGUUAUGAAGAUCUGCCUUCAUACUUAUAUAUGAUUCGGCGAGCAAAUCCGGGUACACUAAUCAAGCUAGAAGUUGAUGAGGAAGAUAGAUUCAAAUUUAUGUUCCUCUCAUUUGGCGCAAGCAUACAGGGGUUUCCCUUCAUGAGGAAAGUGGUAGUGGUCGACGGUACGUUUUUACAUGGAAAAUACAAAGGUACACUACUACUCGCCACCACGCAAGAUGGAAACUUCAGCAUUUUUCCCGUAGCCUUUGCUGUUGUUGAUACUGAGAACGAUGAGUCUUGGGAAUGGUUUUUUACACAACUACACCGUGUUAUUCCUGAUGAUGAAGGACUUGCCAUUAUUUCUGAUAGGCAUAAAUCCAUAGGAAAUGCUAUAGGGAAGGUUUAUCCUCUUGCUAGUCGGGGUAUUUGUACAUAUCAUCUCCAUAAGAACAUUAUGGUGAAAUUCAGAGGCGCUGAAACAUUCAAGCUUGUUAAGAAGGCUGCCACUGCUUAUAGACUUCUCGAGUUCAAUGCCCUUUUUGCUCAGAUUCAAGAGGCAAAUCCUGCACUGCAUGCAUACUUGGUGAAGACAGAUAUUUGUAUGUGGAGUCGUGUACACUUCCAAGGUGAUAGGUACAAUUUCACCACUAGCAACAUAGCGGAGUCAUUAAACAAGGUGCUAUCUGCUGCAAGAGGUAAGCCUAUCGUACGACUAGUGGAUGAUAUAAGGAGUCUCCUGACCAGGUGGUUUGCUAAAAGAUGUGUGAAUGCCAAUAACAUGGCUACCACUCUAACAACGGGCGUUGAAAAGUUGCUGGAGGCUAGAGUUGAAGAUGCAAAACUCUUACCUGUGCAAGAGAUUGAUCAGCAUCGUACAGAGGUUUUAGGCACAACAUCUGCACAUGUUGUCAAUUUAACGGAGAAAACAUGUACUUGUCGACGGUUUGAUUUGGAUAAAAUUCCUUGCGUACAUGCCAUAGCCGCCGCCGAUAGGAGGAAGUUGUCGCCGAUCUCUCUUUGCCAUCAUUACUACCACACUAGUUACUUGCAACAAGCGUAUGCUGUUAGUGUGAUGCCAAGAGACGUAGCACUCCCUGUGCCAGAUGAAGUAGCAACCAAAAUUUGUCUCCCGCGUGAUGUUCGCAACCGACCUGGCAGGCCAAAGAAAAUUCGGAUUAAGGGUGCGUUCGAGGCCGCCAUGGCGAGUAAACGUCCUCGGAAGAUCCCCAAAUGUGGUAACUGUUGCCAAGGCGGACAUAAUCGCCUAACUUGUCGAGCUUAG